GCUUCGGGGGUUUCCUUGUCUGUGACUGGAGACCGUCAAGCAGGACAGGCAGGUGAUAACAGCAUCUACUGCUGUUAGUCAGCCAUCACAUAGCUCAAUGAAAAGCUCAAAAAGAAGCCACUUAUCGUGCCUGCUGCUUUUUGCAGGGCAGAGAUACUGAUCAGUGUCUGCAAUCUGCAACCCCCUACCCAUUUUUUUCUUUUUUUUUUUUGUUUCCCUUAUGAGAUCAAUUUUUUCGUAGACUUCUGUUUUAGAGCUCACAAACUCUUCUCCGCCAUGGUGCUAGGGAAGGUGAAGAGCUUCAUCGUAAGCUACGACUGUUUCAAUGACAGCAACGUUCCCGUGUUCUCCAGCGGAGACUGUGUCUCAGGGAGGGUGAUCAUCGAAGUCACCGGUGAAAUCCGCGUUAAAUCUCUCAAAAUCCACGCGAAGGGGUUCGCAAAAGUUCGCUGGACCGAGUCUAGAAAUGCUGGAUCCAACACUGCCUACACCCAGAACUACACCGAAGAAGUGGAAUACCUAAAUCACAAGGACAUUUUAAUAGGACAUGAGAGAGACGAUGACAACUCAGAGGAAGGACUCACUACUAUCCACGCAGGAAGACAUGAGUACGCAUUCAGCCUCGAGCUUCCACAGACACCUCUGGCUACCUCUUUCGAAGGAAAGCAUGGCAGUGUGCGCUACUGGGUAAAGGCAGAGCUCCACAGGCCAUGGCUCCUGCCUAUGAAGACCAAGAAGGAAUUUACAGUCUUUGAGCACAUUGACAUCAACACUCCAUUAUUGUUGUCACCACAGGCUGGCACUGCAGACAAGACACUUUGCUGUUGGUUCUGCACCUCAGGUCCUAUUUCCCUAAGUGCCAAAAUUGAAAGGAAGGGAUACACCCCAGGAGAGUCAAUCCAAAUCUUCGCAGAGAUCGAGAAUUGCUCAUCACGCAUGGUGGUGCCAAAAGCAGCCAUCUACCAGACCCAGACCUUCUAUGCCAAAGGGAAGAUAAAGGAGGUCAAGCAACUGGUCGCCAACCUCCGGGGAGAGUCUCUGUCCUCCGGCAAAACAGAGACCUGGAACGGCAAGAUGCUGAAGAUUCCACCUGUUUCCCCCUCCAUCCUGGACUGCAGCAUUAUCCGAGUGGAGUACUCUCUUAUGGUGUACGUGGACAUACCAGGGGCAAUAAACCUGUCUCUGAACUUACCCCUUGUCAUUGGAACCAUUCCUCUCCAUCCGUUUGGCAGCCGCACCUCAAGUGUCAGCAGCCAGUGCAGCGUGACCUGGUUGACCUUGGGUCUGCCAGAAAGGCCUGAAGCUCCUCCAAGCUAUGCAGAAAUUGUGACAGAAGAGCAGAGGCAAGGCCGCCUGGAUGCUCCUGCAGCUGGAGAGGAACUGGGGGGUCCUCUUCUGGCCUAUAUCCAUGAGUUCCGCUUCCAUCCACCUCCUCUGUACUCUGAGAUUGAUCCCAACCCAGAUCACUCCAGAUGUGCAGUGGAGCGCAGGCUCGAUACCUGUCCAUCACGCUGAGCAUUUCUUUAAAUUUACCCUGAGUGGUUCAGAGUACCUAAAGGAACAUGCUUAAAAGGCUGAGCUUUGGACAUUUUCUCAGAUGACAGCAUUGACACUGUUGAGUUCUCGAGAAAAUCGUAAGAUCUGAUCUACAAAGACUUGCCCGGCACUGAGCUGGACGGAGCAAACGUGUUUCGCCUUUCCUCCUCAAGAGAAAAAGCUGUCUCUAAUUUGGGGUUUCACCAUCUUCCUGAGGAAUAUUCAGCCUGUGUGGAGUCUAGCAGCGGAGCCCUGGUGAAGAAGUUGAAGAGAAGGAAUCACCAAGGCUCAGCCUGCCAAGCUCCUCUUCAGCCUUGAUUCUUCUCUAUUUGUGGCACAUUAAGGGCGUGACUCCUUACACAUAUGGGGAAACUAACCAUGUCCAGUCUUCAGCAGAAUAACCUUAAAAUCAUGGGAUGAUAGAAGGAAAGUAAUGAUGUUCUAACCAUUGUAGUCUGUUUGAGUUAAAGCUUGCAGCAGUGGUUAAAAACAGAGCAAAGACUAAUUUCUUUUGCAUCACGUGGGAAUUUUUUGUUUUGCACAUUUUGUUCUUUACCUAAGUUUGGUGGUUUGUUUAGAGAUUUUCUUUUUGGUUACAUAAAUCACUAAUACGUUGCUUUUAGUUUUGUGAAAAACCAGACCUAGAAUAGCAGACAGCAGGCUUAUCUUUAUAGAUUAUGAUCUGCAAAAUGUUUGACUUUUGAAAACAAGAAAGACUGAAAAGUAAGAAAUGCACUGAAUUUAUUUUGAACAGUUAAAGAUUUUUUCUGCUUCUCAGUAAAUGGAGACAGUACACUAAUAAGUUACCUGCAGUUUUUUUACCCUAAUACUGCAGGUGGAAGCUCUUUAAGUAAGGUGUUGCCUCCUCAGCUACCUGUCUACCAUCCCUUUUGUGUUGCAUAGUUCUGUUAUUCUCUCUUCGUAUUUGGAUCUGCUCAUAGCCUUUUCCGGUUUUUUUGUUCCAAGAUAGCUCUGGAUUUGAACUAGUGGUGUUGCUGUCCUGUUUUUGUCACUCAAAGUGUAGCUGACAAGAUAAAUGUGCAUGAAAGAGGGACUCAACCUCAACUGCCUGCAGCCCCUCAAGUCCAUGUGUCAGAGUAAGUCCAGCUUGCAUUACUGCCUAAAAAGCACUGUCUUAGGUGGGUUUUUGUCACUUGCCAAGCGGUUGAAAAAGUUUUUUUUUAUUGCACUGUUAAAACUAUUCAUUUUUUUAACUACCAAAAUGAGAGAACACACCUCCAAAAAAGCAAGGCAGCUUUUUAAAACGAAUCACAUUCCAUUUUUCCAUUCAUUUCAUUUAUUUAUCUUUAUAGCCCUUUAAAACAACCAGACAGCCGAAGUACUUUUUGUCCUGCUGCAGUUCCUCACUGCAUCCUAACUGACAGAUUUUUACCAGACCAGUGAAACCGGAAUGCUAAUUAAAAAAAAAAAAAAAACAUGAAUGAGGAAGAAUGUCUUCCAGCACAAAUGUAAAGUUGGGGACGGUGCUAAACCUCUAUGCAGGCUGGUCAGAACAAGUAGUACUAGGAAAAUGAGUAAUACAUUGGUUUUCUAACUCAUUUAAUGCAUUAGACCACUUGUAAUAGAGGUUUGACAUGGUCAUAAAAAAGACAAAAAAGCAGCACUUUUUUUAAAAAUAAAAAUAAAUUAAUAAAAAUAUGCAUUCAGUGGUGAAGGUCAGGUUGAAAACAAAUGGGUACUAACCAUGUGAUAGAUGAGCUUUCAGUAAGGCAGUGACACUUGGGCUGUUAAAGCAUUAUUUACUAUGUUUUAAUGCUAGAAACUUUAUUACGUUUACAUUUUUCCUUUGAAACCUAGCUAACACUAGUUUGCGUGUGCGCGUUCCUACCCAGAUUCUGCUGGCAACUAAAGCAAACAGCUUCUGACGGUGAUUCACAAACUGCAGAAUGUUAAAGUGAUCUUAUCUUAGUGGCCUUGCUGCAGAAAAAAAGACCUGAACACAGUUCUUCGUUUCAUUCAGCAUCUGUUCUAACCGAUGUUCUAGUUUGUGUACGUCCACACCUGUAUGUUCUUUGACCUUUCGAUGUUUGUUCAAAAGGACGAAAAAGGGUAGAACAAAAAAAAAACUGUCCUUUUUAAAGAAAACUUUGUAAAAGAAAGAAAUCUCGACAGCGAUGAUGACUGGCGAUUAUUUUCUCUCUUUUUGUGGGCAUUCUUUCAGGUUGUUUUCUGGCAGCCUUUUUAGUUGGUCUCCCCCAUGGGGUUGUAGACUAUGGUUGUAAACUUGUCUAAAUGCAGUUUGCAGUUUUUCUUUUGUUUGGUCUUUAUCUUAGGGAAACUAUGGGGUAAAGAAUAAGCUUACAUUUUUUCAGGUUUGGUCAGUACCAUAGUCCAUUUGCUUGGGCUUUAGAACUAGUCCGGUGUCAAAACUAAGCUAAACUCCUGACCUAGUAAUAAAGGCAGGAACUGAAAUGUUCAGAGAUUAAAAAAAAAAAAAACUUAGGUGAAGGGGUCUGAAACAUUUUAGAAAUGAAGUGCAAUAUUACUCACUGAAUUUUAUUCAUUCUCCAUUUUUUUUUUUGUAUGUUUGAUCUUAUUGUUUUGUCUAUUAGUCAUGAUGUAUAGUUAUUCUAUGAAUAUACUAUGUUUUGAUGAUUUAGCUAUUGUCUUGUUUUUCCUUUUGAUUUAAAUAAAACUUUGUUUUAAAUUUA